AUGGGAAUUCGGUUUGUUUGUUUGAGCUAUGGAGUCCAUUCCACUGAGACAUUCAAUCUCUGCAACUUCUCAGAGCUUCAUUACACGAAAGAAGGGAGACCAUGGAAUCCCUUUCUAUGGCAGAAGGUUUCACUCAUCACAAAGACGAACUGGGCUUCAUCGAUUUCCUUCUAUUCAAUCCAAGCAAUCUGAUUACCAAGAUUUUCAGGACUAUGCAAAGCCGGCGCGCCUUUUCCAAGCAGCAGAAGCUAAAAUCUGUAGAGAUAGCUCAGCAGUAGAAAAUGAUUUCAGUUCUUUUAAGAAUGGUGUAUCUCAAUCUAUGUACAAAGUUAAGUUAGGUACUAGUAAUUUCUCAGCCUCAAGUCUCACUGACUUGAAUGCUGGUGUUCUCCUGUGUUUGAUUGAUGAAAAUGGGGACUCUUUAUUACAAAGAAUUCCUGCAAGUUUGGUUAAACAUCAGUCUGCUGAUUCAGAUAAUGACUUGUUAUUCCCUUUUCAAAGAGCUUCUGUGGAUGAAUUUACUUUCAUUGGACCUAAAUUACAGAGAGUUAAGGCUAUUUGGAUCGGCCUUGAAUCAGGCCAAUGGAGGUUAGGAAGAGUGAGCUUGGUAAUUGUUUCCUCGUCUCAACCGUUGUCCAACCAGAAAGGCGCAGAAGAUCUUCGGUAUGUCAGUGUCAAGUAUGAAUUUCAAGCUGAGGAUAUUCUGCUCGGGGAAGGAAGUAAUAUCUCGAUGCUAGAACUUAGACCUUGUCUUGCCACCGAAAUAUCAGGGCUGGAUCCCUCUACCUUAAGCCUUCCCGAAUCGACAUCACUUGAAAGCCAAAAGAUAUCAAAUGAGGAGAGUAUGAGACAGUAUGCAGAUCUUAAAUUCUCUUUGCUACUUUAUGAUGCCAUGUUGAUAUUUUUCGGUACAUCAGCUGCAUCUUUUUCGGUUGGAGAACAUGGAGCUUUCGCAUUUUUAGCAGGUGGGAUUGGCGGUUUCUUGUAUCUUCUCGUGUUGCAAAGGUCGGUCGAUGAAUUACCAGCUCCUCCUCCGGAACCAAGUUCCCAGAACACAGGAGAAACUGAACAAAUGAUUGGAGGGUUUAAAGGACCAAUAUCUACUGUUGCAUUGGCAAUUGGGUUUGCUUUGUUUGUGGCUAAGUACAGCUCUGGAGAUUUUCCCAUGGCUUUCACACCCAAAGAUCUCAUUGUUGGUAUGCUUGGAUUUCUUGUAUGUAAAGUGGCUGUAGUAUUGGCAGCUUUCAAGCCUUUGGAAAAUGGUUUGAAGAUAAACAAGUGAGUUAUUUAUGUAUAACAUAUACACACAACUAUACAUACUAUAUGGCUUAACAUGUAUAUACACAUACACUUAAUAAUACAGUUAUAGAAAGAAAUUGUUGGC